AUGCCAGAAGAAACUGUAUCACCAAUGGAGUCAGAACCACCCACUAUCCAUGGAAAAGCACAUCAUGGAGUGGACCCCGACGAUCAUGUUGCAGUUGAAGGGUCCGGUGAAGAAUUCAAGCAAAAGAUGGAUGAUUUUAUCAAAGAAUUAGCAGUAAAAAUGCAUGUUCCAACAGGAGCUGUGAUUGCUAUGGUUAUUGGUGUGAUCCUAUUUGUUUUAUUAAUAUUGUUUUGUAUUUGUAAACGAUGCGUAUUCAAACGUCGGAAAAAGGAUCGUGGAGCGAAAAAAAGCAAAGCGGAUAUAAAAAGUGUACAACUUUUAGGCAAAGGUUUAACUAAAGAUAAGGGAGAUCUAGAUGAAUUAGAAGCAAAUAUGGAAGAUAAUGAAGGUGUACAAGAGAAGGAAGAAGUCAAUUUGGGCAAACUACAAUAUUCUAUUGAUUACGAUUUUACCCAAGGAGAGUUAACAGUUGGUGUAAUACAAGCAACCGAUUUGCCUGGAAUGGAUUUAUCUGGAACAUCUGAUCCAUAUGUAAAAGUGUUUCUAUUGCCUGAAAAGAAAAAGAAAUAUGAAACUAAAGUACAUCGAAAAACAUUAAAUCCAGUAUUCAAUGAAACAUUUGUGUUUAAAGUUCCAUAUGCCGAGGUUGGGGGAAAAACUUUAGUGUUCAAUGUUUAUGAUUUCGACAGAUUUUCGAAACAUGAUCAAAUAGGUCAAAUUCAAGUACCACUUGGAUCUGUUGAUUUGGCACGCGUAAUUGAGGAAUGGCGCGAUUUAAGUCCUCCUGAUGAUGAUGAAAAGGAAAAUCGUCUUGGUGAUAUUUGUUUCUCAUUACGUUAUGUUCCAACUGCUGGAAAAUUAACUAUCAAUAUUUUGGAAGCUAAAAAUCUCAAGAAAAUGGACGUUGGUGGAUUAUCUGAUCCAUAUGUUAAACUUUCUCUAAUGUUGGGAGGGAAGAGAAUUAAAAAGAAGAAGACUACUAUUAAGAAAUGCACAUUAAAUCCCUAUUACAAUGAAUCGUUUGCAUUUGAAGUACCAUUUGAACAAAUCCAAAAAGUAACAUUGAUUGUGAUCGUGGUAGAUUAUGAUCGAAUCGGUACAUCAGAAGCAAUUGGCCGAGUUGUUUUAGGUUGCAAUGAAACAGGAGCGGGUUUACGUCAUUGGUCAGACAUGUUAGCCAAUCCUCGUCGACCUAUUGCACAAUGGCACACUUUGCAACCAAUGCCUGAAAAAGGUUAA